AUGGCUGGUAAAAAGGGGGAGAACAGCAAGAAGGUAGCGGGCAACGCCAAAAAGGCCGAGGCCGCGGCCCAGAAAGCUGCUCAAGAGGACGCGAAGCGCGAAGCCGCCGAGUCCGCUAGCUGGCAGAAGGGAGCCAAGGAUACUUCCAAAAAGGAAGCCGAAGCAGCUCGAAAGGCCGAGCAGGCCAGGAAGAAGGCCGAGAAGGAUGCCCUGGCGAAGGAGGACGAGGAAGCCGCUGGUGGGAGGAAUGAGCCCAAGAAGGGCAAGACUGCCGUGAAGAAGUCCCGUGGCCUUGACCUCUCCCAGCUCGACGAUGAUAACAAGGCCACCAGUCUGAACGCCUCUGGUAUCGACAAUGCCCUCGAUGCGCUGUCCCUUACCAACGCCUCGGACGAUUCCAAGGUCGACAAACAUCCAGAACGUCGAUUCGCUGCUGCCUAUGCCAAGUACGAGGAACGAAGGCUACAAGAGAUGAAGGCUGAUGGCAGCGGAGUUGGGUUGCGACUGGAUCAGCGCAAGACACGCAUCAGGAAGGAGUUCGAGAAGAGUCCGGACAACCCUUUCAACCAAGUCACUGCUGCGUACAAUGCAACUAGGGAUGACUUGACACAGAUCAAAGACCAAGAGAGGUCCAAGAUCGAGAAACGUCUUGGGAAAUAA